GUUGUUUUGGGGCGAUAUUGGUAAUUUAAUGGUUUUUGUGGGUUUGCUUUUAAUUACCUCCGCCAAGGAAGUAUUGCUUUGUGGCGUUUAACUGGGGGGGAAAUCCAGAACAAGUUUCCCACAGAGAUAUGGAAUAAUUCUGGCUAUUAUGAUCGAGAAUAUGAAAAAAAUAAGGGAACAAAUGAAGCUCGAAAUGCAACAAACACAAUUAUAUAUAUGUAUAUAGCCAAGAAACUGUGGAAUUUGGAGUGUACCAAAGGAUUUGUUGCGAUGGAUGCAGAAGAAAAAGGCCAUUACAGAAAAUAAGUCAUAGAUUAUUUGUCAGUGCGAACUUGAGCAAGGACUGCAGGCCGGGGAAGUGAAUGAAAGCACACAAUGUCUUCCUUUGAGGAGACGGACAGAGCUGACAACAACCAUCGCACUGUGGCUGAGGAUGCUGAGCACACUGAUUGUCAUUCACUGUUGACCCUCUGUUGGAGCAGAACUGGACUGGACCAUGUUUCAGAAGGGGUUUUGAAACACAAGCAGCUGAAGUAUUUAUACCUGGAAGGGAAUCAGAUACACAGUCUCCCAAAUUCCAUGUUCUCCGAUCUCCCCGAGCUGCUGUGGCUGGACCUCAGGAAUAACCAAGUUGCAUCACUCCCUGCUGAGAUUGGCUUCCACAAAUCCCUACAAACAUUACUACUAGAGGCCAAUCCCAUUUCAGAGCUUCCAUCAGAGCUUGGAAAUCUGCUUAGCCUGAAAGGACUGAACUUGAGGAAGUGCCCCAUCACUUUCCCUCCUCCUGACAUUGUGCACGAGGGCCUCCAGUCCAUCCUCCAUUAUCUGAGGAGCGCUACGGUUAAGCAUCCAGAGAGCGGGGCCCCUCCAGUAGUACUACCAAAGGUGGAGAAGCUCCAGCUGUCAGACCUUGUGGAUUCUAGUAUGGAGGAGCAAAAUGGGUCAGUGGAGGCGGAUCAGACACCACAAUCCAAGCAACACAGACAUGAGGAUUUCCACUCGGACAAAGCAGAUCUGUCCCCGUCGGUACCGGGAAACCCAAAUCUGCAUCCGUUUCUUUUUAGUAAAAGAAAAAAGUUGACCAGCGUAAAUCGGGAGUCCGUCCCGUUUCAUAAUCGGGACAAGAAAACACCAAAUGAGAGGAGACAUCCAGCAAUGAGAGUUCUGGAAGACAAACCACGGAAAAAAAUAACUUUAACGUGGUGCAGGCAGGAGUACAGCCAAUCGGGGCAAGCAAGACAAACAAAGGAGGUAAAAGCCGCAAUGGAUGACAAGAGCAGUCGACCUCGGAGUAAAAUGUCUGACUCCUCCAUCAAAGGGCCUGAGGACUAUAGCCCAGCUGAGAAACAUCUGGAAUGGCAGGUCAGUGCCUAUGCUGAUGAAAAAAAGAUGCUGAGAGGCGUUCUACAGAAAGACGCAGCUGCUAUGCGGGUUACAUCAGCGCAUCAAGGUGGCGAAGAGAUGAAAAAGUUACCAAGUCGGGAAGGACACAACGGAAAUUGUUUGGCAAUGUUCACAGAAGACAUGUGGCCGUUUAUACUGGACAAAUGACCGUGAUGAACACAUUUCCAGUCAAAAUGACUGGGAUUACCACACUGAUCCAUUGGUAAAUGACUUGGGGACAUCGAAGUUUACAGUAAAUAUGGCCGUUAUAGUCGAUGACGUUGAUGUGAAUCUGCAAGUCUCCUACAACUUUUCUUUGUCAGCCAUUACAAGAUGCACUUCUAGCUAACUGAUAUAGCUAAUUAGCUAUUUCAUCACUUAGACACUGAGCAUUUCUUGAAAGAUGACUGCUCUAUGUGACAUAAGUGCUAUCCCAUUUGUGUGCUAAAAUGAUUUUUUUUUCGUUUAUA